GAACGGUGUCAGCUCAGCCCGUCACCACUGUCAUCCUUCACCAGUUCAUUUCUGCGUGUCCACCACGUUGUUACGACAGACAACUCGCUUCCAUCGGUGAAUUCCUCUUUGGUCGUCAUUAUCCGGCGUAUUGAGCUGGUUUAACUUUGCUAAACCACCUCAUCGUUCCUCGAACAGCGCUGCCCAGGUGGAGCCUGCCAGCUUCACACAGGAUGCUGGAGUCGAUCAAAGUGACAGAAAGACUUCACUGGCCCAAAGUAGAAAUGUCCAAAAAGUACAUUUUAAACUCUACUGACAGGGCACUGAGUCCAAGCCAAGUAUACCUGGAGAAGAUGUCAUCCAGUGUCUUCAAAGACCUCUUCAGCAGUGGCUCCAGCAGCUCAUGCAUACGGCUGCAGACGGAGGAGGACGAGUGGGAGAGCCCAAAGCAGUCUCUGUACAAGAGGCCAAAAGCAUCAGUGAAAUGUGCUGCCACACUGGGUAAAAGGAACCAUCCAGGCAUGGGUUUUAAAAAGGUGCGUGCUCAAGAAGGUGGUGGUGGUAAACCUGCACAGACAAGUUGUGUAAUCUCAGGCACCAACUCCAGUUUCUCUAAACCAACACGGAGCAUCGCAGUAAUGGGCAGCACUAUGAGCAUCAACCCUCGUACAAAACUCAGGAAGAUGUGCUACCCCAAUUCGCCUCGCACUAAACUUCCAUCGUUGCAUAAAGCAGCUUUCGUGGGGGAAGUGGAAAAUGCCAAGAAAAUCUGCAUCCUUACAGCCAUCAAGCCUUCAAAUGUAGAGAAAGAGAAGGUCAAGUUUUUUACGUCUGACUUCAACUACAAUCCACAGUUUGAGUACAGCAACCCCAUCUCUCCGCUUCUCUUGGCACGACAUAAUAAUGCCUCAGAUCGCUUCCUGACACAGGCAGUCCACAUCAUGGAGCUUGCACUGCAGCGAUAUGGCAGCUAUGAGAAGUUUGAGCAGGUCACUGGUGGUAAUCUCCUUACCAAGAGUCGCAUCUGGCACAAUGUCAAGAAAUACAUGGAGAAGGAAGGCUGCAUGGGGGAGAUAGUUGUCCAGGUGACAGAUGACCUCCUGUCCAGAGCCUCCAUGACAGUCAUGAACAGCAGACCCACACUUACCAUCAACAUCUCCACUGCGCGAGAGCACUGGCUGGAGGGCAUGCUGAGGCAUGAGAUUGGGACACAUUAUUUCCGUGGAAUUAACAACUGCCACCAGCCGUGGAGCAGCAGUGUGGGACGGAAAAAGCACAACCUGAAGCCCCUAAAUCCGACAGAGGAGGGUCUUGCCAGCAUCCACAGUGUGCUGUUUAGGAAAGACCCCACUCUGUGGCGUGCUGCCCUUCUCUACUACACUGUCUACCAGGCCAGCCACAUGUCCUUCUCUCAGCUCUUCCACAACCUGGGACGCUUCGUCCAGGACCCCAACACCCGUUGGGACUACUGUGUCAGGGCCAAGAGAGGCCAGACCGAUACAGCACAGCCAGGGUGCUUCAGUAAAGACCAGGUCUACCUUGAUGGCAUCCUGAAGAUUCUGAGAUACAGAGACAAGAUCAACUUCCCACUACUGAUGGCUCUAGGAAAGGUGUCAUUUGAAGAUGUGGACCGCCUGAAAGCCGUGGCUCAGAUGGAGAAGAUUCGCAUCCCUCACUUCAUGCAGGACCAGGCGAGGUAUACCGAGCAACUGACCAAAAUCAUGAUGGUCAACCAGCUGACUGACGAGGAGCUCAAGACCAUCAUCUGAGCCUGCUUCAUUUUGCCUGCACAAUCCUGAUCAGGCCUGAAUAAAAGCUGUCAAGCUACUGUCAGCUGUCACCUGCAUGCCCCUAAAACCACCAGUCAUCCAUGUAGAUGGUUUGUAUACCACUCAAAGCACUUUACGGUACAGUUUGCCACUCACCCAUUCACGCACACAUUCAUACAGUGCAUCUAUUAGCAGCACUUUUUGUUCUAUGAAGGACAAUUUGGGGUUCAGCACUUUGCCCAAGGGGAAGACUGGGAUCGGACUGCCGACCUUCGGUUGGAGGAUGAAUGCUCUACCCCUUAGCCACAGCCACCCAUGUGCAUGGUUCUAGAUGCUGUAUUGCAUGCAGUACAGACUUGUGUUAUAUUUUCUCAUAAUUAAACAUUGGUUUUUGCCUAAUAAUACUUCCACUGAUGCAGUAGAUCACCCUAGAAUCAUUACAGUGAGUUGUGUUUAGGGCUGAAUAAAAUUCAGAAAUGUGAACAUUUUAUAUAUUACAUUGCCAAUACAAUACAUUUCCAUUCUUAAGUUUCUUGCGCUUUCUUGGCCCAACUAUACCAAUACAGAUACCAAUAAGGGCUGUCACUCUUUAGUUUUCCAAAUUCAAACCGCCUUUCAAACGUGGUAAAUAACACAACAGCCCAUGUUUUGUUCUAGUUUGAGGGCCAACGGUUUCACAGGCACAACAUACAUGCACUAUCAAAGUGCUCCUGGAGCAGCCCCUAAAUCAAACAACAGAGAUGCUUACAAAAGGAGUGUGGCUCUUCUCUGCUCAGGUUACCAUUAUUCCAUAACAUCUUUCAAGAGAAUAUAGUUAUAUACGUUGUUCUUUAAAAUUUUGUAACCUUUAACACCAUAGAUAAAAAAAAUAUAGCUGCCUUACAGUAAUGCUGCCUGAGUACAGUGAAUACAGUGAGGUAGCUGAGGCGCUGUUAACAUAAAAAUGUUAUUUUUGUUAUAGUUUCUGGUUUAAAAGGCAGUUACAUUUGAAUUAACUGAAGAAAACAGAUGCUAAUUGUUCCAAUUCCAAGUUUAAAGAAGUAACAGCCCUAUAAUACAAAUGUGUCUGUGUGUAUCUAUGAUAAGCUAAGAGGACUUAGUGACAAUGUAUCAGUGCUGUUAUGUUAAUACUGUCCCCAAGCAUUUUAACCUGACAGUGAAAUUCCUAAAUACCUGAAUGCUUCAAUGUUUGUGAACUCUUGUUCGUGAAUAUGGUUAAAUGUGACAUAUGAAACAUCCAUGAGAUUUAGCAAAGCUUUCCCUAACACUAAGAUAUGGAUUAUGUGUCUCUCCUGCAAGUGUACUUACCUACAGUAGUGUUCUGUAUCUGUCUCUGGGGUGAAGGUGAACACUUUCUUGCACUUAGUUCUCUGUCGUAGUGUGUGUAGUGUUGGGAUUUUAAACGGACACUUGUUGCUCGAGAGAAGUAUGGUGGACGCAGGAUGGUGCAGCACUGUCACAUAGAGGAUUGUGAAUUCCUGUCGAGCACCGUUCUGGUGAAACUGUUAGUGAAGUUUUGAAGGUGUGUUCAGUGAAGCCCUAGUUGUCUAAUUGCACUGACUUGAAGCCCUGUUAGACUAUUUGCACUUUCUUACCUUGGAUCUACUUCGUCAACUGCACUGAUAUAUGCAGCUACAGACUGAUCUGUUGGAUGCCUUGUGUAUUUACUGUAAAACCUGAUGAGCUUUUAUGUUGCUUAUACCAAGGAUGACCUGAUGCAAGGAGCAUGUUUAACUCUCAAAGACCUCUUAUAUGGUACAGUUUAAUAACAUGGCAUUUCUAUGAGAUGUUUUCUAUUUGAAGGAUUUUUUGUGAUAUGAGUAGAAUCUAUAAAUAAAAUGGU